CUUCCAAGAUUCAACUCCCGCUCAAUCUCCAAACCCAUCGACAAUUCCGAGCCAGAAUUUGACGCAGAAUUUGCGUGCUGAUCGCCGGAAGAUGCCUUCGCCUUUCCAUGGCUUAACCGCCGCGUUCGACUUGUCUCUUCCGCCGCUUAUUUUCGGCAAUUGAUUCAUUAGUUUUAAAAACGAUCGUCAUUGUCUCUUGAAUUCAUCACACAUUCAUUGGCCGUCGAGUUAACUACAAUUGCAUGAGUGAUCGAUCAGUCAUUGCAACGUCCGUCACUACGUAGAGUACAAAUGGGGGACCACGCCGCAAAUGUGUGUGCAGGUCUUCUACUUAUGUAUUAAUAUUGUCGUCGUUUUGUGAAAAUCGUUCGCCGAAUAGGAUGACGACAUUGGAGAGCGGACAUGGAAUUUUUGGUCGGGGCAAGCGGAAUGAGACCGCCUUCCGAGAGUAUUGAAGAGUGUGGUGUCUGUUGUGAAGGUGGAGUUGGAGCAUGAUAUCGAGUAACCAGAUUGUCAGGAGUAUGGAUGGAUAGGGUUUUGGCGGGGAAUCAGUUGUUGCGAGUCAGGAGAUUGAUGAUUUUGGAUCUAUCUCUUUUAAUGUAGAAUACUUCUGAUCACGUAGAGCUGGAUUGACACGAACGAAUGGAGUGCACUUUACCAAUUGCAGUGUUUUUUUUCAAAAGCUUGCAGAGGAGAAUUGCUGUGUCUUUACAAAGUGUGCAGAAAUUGUAAAGUCUUACGACAGCUGGUGCAGGGUUGAUUUAGCGACUUCCGAUGCGUGAGGUUUUGAAACGGUGAUGUUAUAGAACGGUAUGCAGCGUCGCGUUUCAGUUGACCAGGUUUGUAGUUGGGGAGAUUUUGUGCGACGCACUGUUAUUUUAUCGCUUUUCAUGGUUACCAUUGUUCUAAUUGGAUUUUAUAACGUUCAUCCAUUGCUGAAGCUGCUGUCGAAUGGAGUAUACGUCUUCGUGAUAAAUAUGUUGGCAGUGAGGAUUGAUCGGGAAACAUCGAUGUUUGCAUUUUCUUAGAAUGCCCAGCACAAUUUUAUUUUAUUUUAUUUUAUAUUUUUUCUCGUGUACUUCAGUUAAACCUCUCACAAACUAAGCGAAGGUUGAACCCUUGCUCCUCAACUUGGGAGCAUGAGCAUUAGAGUCUAUAACAGAUUGACGAUAUUUACGGUAGAAAAAGAAUUGAUUCACACGAGAUUGUGUUUGUAGAGUGUCAUGCCAAAUUUCCAAAGUCAAUAGCCGAACUGACCGGAGUCUCGGAGGAAAAUGGGAGCUUUCCUAGACAAUUAAGAUAUUGUUUCUGAAACUCAGAUGCACACACAUGAAGCGAUGGACAAUCUCCAUUCACAGUCUGGACCCUCGAAUUCCCGGAGUCCAUACCAUUCUCCCCACUCGGGACAAGGUGAAGUAGGAAAGGCUCCGCCAAACAAUUUUGGAUGUUCGAGCAUGUCCGGGAUGUCGAGCCGAACAAGCCCUCUAGGGGCGAACAAGACAGUGGCCUUUAGCAGACUGCCUGGUGAAGGCCCCGCUGCAAGCUCCCUCACUAGAACGGGUCCGGGAUGUGGACAUAAUGCUGGACCUGUUGGUCAACAUCAGUCGACGCUUCGAGCUGGACCCCGGCUGCGGGCGGAAGGUUUGAUGGUGCCUCCAGCUUCUGAUGCGGCCACUUUACGUCGCCAGGUGGCUGCUUUGCAAAUGGAUCUAGACGCUCACAUUGACGGUGAGCAACGGUUGCAAAGUAUCAAUCAACAGCUUCGUGAAAGGCUGGAGCUUUACAUGAAGCAGAAUCAUGAAAAUGUGGAGAGAGCUGAGAGCGAGUUGAACACUCUUCAUGAAGAUAUGGAACAGACUCUUGAGCUGCAGCGGCGAUUAGCUCAAAGGGCAACUGGCCUUGAAAAAGAGAAAAAGGACAUAGAGAAUCUUCUACAAGUAAGAGUAUUAGAGUUUGAAUGUGAGAGAACCGCUCUGCAAAAUCGCAUCCAGAACAUGGGUGAAGAUUUGCGGACUAAGGCUGAAGCUCAGGAGAAAGUAAAUCACCUCCAGGUGGAACUGUCAUCCACUCUAGAAGUGAAGGCCCAACUGGAGGAACAACUUUCAAAGAUAGCGGAGGAAACUUUUUUCUUAGAGAAGAAAGCUGAUGAUUAUAGUAGAGAGCUUCAAGAACUGCUUUCAAAGGAGCAAUGGGAUCAAAAAUUGGAUAGAAUGGGAAGAAGAGCAAUGACACGUCGAGCCUUCUCAAAUUAUCAAAACGGAGUCAGGGAGCAAUGCAUUGACAGAGCGAACAUGGUACGAGCCAUUAGCAAGCACAAACAUACCGGUUGCAAGAAGGUUUUUUACUUGUUGCGGAUGGCCACUUGUCGCUCAUGCAUACUACGUCAACUAAAUGUAGCUCAAUGCCAGGCAGCAUUUUGUACAUCCUGGGAAAAAUGGAAGCUGAGCAUGGUAUCUGAACGCAAUUAUCGUAUCUAUUUAGAGAAGCAAUCAAAACGUGCAGUGACUAAUGCAAUGCAAGCAUGGAUGGCCUAUAUCCUCCAUGUUCGCCUCAGUCCAGAGCGAUAUGUAAUGGCGUUGAAUUAUUGGCAUCAGAGAUGCCUGCAGAAUUGCUUUCGCAAAUGGUUACAGGUUCUCCGUUUCUGGAAGUUUCCGCCGAAAGAAGAGAAGGUUCACAUGGAAAAAGCUUCGAGGCACCACAUUAAAACUUCUUUAUGUCGGUAUCUUGUCUCGUGGCAAGGCUGGCUUACAACGUAUGCGCGACCAAAGAAGCUGAAAUUUGCAGUCGUGCAGGCACACAUCGAUAAAAUGACAAUGAAGCAAAUUGUAGCUGCAUGGCGAUGUAUGCUUCAUGUCAAAUGGGUUUCCCGCCUAAAAAAUGAUGAAGCAACCAGUUUUAGGAAAAACUGGUGCUUAAGACGCUUUUCUGCCAGGUGGCGACAACACACAAUUGAAAUUAAAACCUUCAAGUUACGCAAUUCUCAAGCCAUGGAAUAUAGAGCACACAGACUAAAGCACUUAGCACUCCAGUGCUGGCGCAAUUUUAUGCAGCAUCAGAUGCACAUGCAAAUUUACAAGCAAAUGGCUUUCCGGCAGUAUCUUCGCUCUCUUGCCAUCAUGAGUAUUCGAACUUGGAGAGAGAAUGUCAAUUACAAGAAGGCACAACACAAAGCCACAACAGAAGUAAAUCAAGCGCUAACAAGGGCAGCUAUGGUAUUUUGGCGAGACUAUCAUGUGUACAAAUCCAUAAAGAAAAAGCAGGAAUUCAGGGCUGUGACAUAUAGAAACAGGAGGCAGAAAAAGCUUGCAAAAGUGAUAUUGAAGUGGUGGUGGGAGCGAAUUGCAUGGAAGCGUAAGGCCAGCCAGUUGGACUGCUUAUUAACAACUCGUCGCUGUCGGACUGUACUUUUCCAAAUUCUGCACGCUUGGAUGCAUGCAACUGUUGAUGGCCUUCUGUUAGCAAAUUCUAAAUAUCAGGAGGAUAUUUUGGAAGUGCAGUCACAGUUUCAAGAACAGAAACAUCAGUUGACCACAGUGGACAUGGAGAACCUUCAACUGAUUGAUCGCCUCCACAUAAUAUCAUCGGAAAUAGCGGUUCUGAAGACCUCAGUUUAUGACAAGAAGAAACUAGAGAAGGAUCUUCAUCGUUCCUUAGAGGAUGGUACCAUGCUUGAAAUUUCGAUGCGUGGCGAAAUUGAGCAAAAGCAGUCACACAACGAGGAGCUCGAAUUUGAGAUUCAUAGCCUCAAGAAAAAGCUUCAAAUGAAGAAUGCAGAGGACACUGCCGAAGAAGUUCACCAUACCUUAGAACUACAAAACUUGAAACAGGCUCUUAAAGAUCUUCGCACCCAAUUGGUUGAAAAAACUUCUCAAGUUGAUUCUUAUGCCAAGGCUUUAAAAGAAACAGCUGAGAGACUUGAAGGGGCCUCUGAUGAGUCCCAUGAGAAACUCACAAGCGCUUUUGCGAUUGCUGGAUCGUUGAGGAAACUUUUGGAGGACCGAGAGAGCCAAUUUGCCACUUUAGAAGGAAAUUGCCGGAGGCGUGAGUUGGAGUUAGAAGAGGUGCAACGCAAGUUAGCAGUGGCCAACUGCACUUUGAGUGAAACAGUUGAAAGUAGAGACAAUCGAGUUCGAGAGCUGGAGAGCAUGCUUUGCAAUAAGCAGCAAGAGGUGCAAAAAGUGCGACAGAGAUUACAAGACCUAGAGGUAUCCAUGGAUACCAAAGAAGGCAGUGUACGAAGAUUGGAGUUUGAGCUAAAGCUAAUGACUGAACAAAAUGCCCUGAAGUCGAGAACGUUUGGUCCAAGUUCAACCUCCUUGUCUGCAACACCACAGUUAUAUCCCGAUGCGGGUGCUCACCCACAAGGAGGCUUGUACUCUCUCCAAAUUAACGAGUUCAAAAGCCAAUUCGGUGAUGCCUCGACCGCACUACAACAACAGAAACUGCGCCAAAGUGCUCGUGCUACCUCGGGAGCAGUAGGAGACGCAAUGAUGCAAACAGAGCGAUCAUGUAAUGAAUGUGCAGUGCAACCUCUAACUACAUUUGCCGAAGACGGCCAACGGGAGGAUGCGCCAACUGGUGAAGGUGUAGUUCCAGGAUCCGUAUCCGGCAUAUCCGACUGCGUCAAAUCUCAACCUUGUCAAGGCACAGAUGCUAAACAUUUUCUUCUGAACUCAUCAGACUCGGCUGAGGGUGUGGCCUUGCAGAUUUUGCCAUUCCAAGAAGCAGAAUCUCUUUCAUCGCCGCACAUGGGUUUGUCAUCUGGGGCACAGGAGCGAGUGCUUGUGGAUUCGAGUAGUGAAAUGGGCUUGCAGCUAAGCGAACCUGUGUUUCUGGGUCAAGAAAGCCGUUCAGCGGUGUUGCAGCAGAGAGGGAAUAUAUCGCAACCUGAUCAGGAGACGGCGUUUGCUCUUGUGUCGAUGACGAGGCCUAAAACACUAGGGCAUAUUACAGAUCAGCCUGGAUUUAUGACGGAUGGGAGUGAACCUGAAACGCAACUCCAACUUGAACGCAGGGGCGACGUUGGGAGUGGAGGUGAAGGGAUGUCGAUGCAAACAUUGAGAGAAGGUCCAUACCGUAUAAUUUUGGAUGAUGAUCCCAAUGUGGUUGACAGCCUGCACCUUGAAAUUCAGCGUUUGCAAGACCGAAUCAUGAGCCGAUUGCGAGACUCCACUGCGGAUGUUCAUGAUUCUUCGGAUCCAAGUGGCUCCGGAACAACAUCGUCUAGACCUCUUCCAGGAGCAGAUCUCAGUUCCGGAACAUCGGGUUUCGACAAGUGAUGAAAGUCAUUAUUGCCUAUCGCAUCUAUCUUUUGCUCUGAUUUUAUGACAGUCCGAAGCUCUGUUUGUCCCUCUGCACCAGCGUCAGUGGAACUACCAAGUCCAUUGUCCCGUUCCGGUUUUAUUUAAUUGAAAUAAUACGCCUUUGGAGUUAGCUUGUGUGAGGCUUAGGUCUCUGAUGCUCUAGGUAUUGUACAGGCAGUGGAAAAACCUCUUAGAGAAUUAAAGCCAAAUGGCAAACAUGAAAAGAAAACUAUCGACAAGGCAAUUUGAGCCGUGAGCGUAUAUGACAUCUACAUGUUGGGGAAGUUUGAAUGUUCUUAGGAAACCAGAGGAUAUCCUCUUGUUGCUUGCCGUGGUGUGUCUGAAACAAUGAAUGGUACUCCUUGGAUUGAAUGGAUUGUUAGAAUUU